AAUAAAGGCUACUUUUUGCUAAGUAUGUUUUAACAUUUCAAAACAAAGAAAUUAAGAACUAGCUUUGUGACUGAAAACAUUGUAUGGUAUAAUAUAGUAUGGAUAAUGACAUUCUAAAAGUGCAAAGCAUGACUAAAAUUAAGGAAUCUAGAUUGUGAACAAAAAAGUUAUAUUUUUUAUGUUCACAGGCUUGAUGGCAGUGGGGUCACAAGGUCAGAUAUGGCUCAUGGUAAGAGACCAGGAACCAUUUCCAAAAUAUUGGCCACCAGCCCUCCAAUAUGCUCUGAUCCAAGAGUCAUAAAACAGAGCCAAGAGGAGCAUCCAGGUUUGUUGAGCGAAGGGUCCAAACCACCACCCUGCACCUUAAAGGGAGAUAAAAACCAUGAGCUGACUUGUUCUGCAUCUGCAAAGCACUUUUACAGCAGCUCUGAUCCUGGUCCUGUGGAAAUGGAGGACACCUGCUCUGAGUAUGAUAAUGUGGGUUCAGAUGUUGAGCAGGACUAUGAUGAAGUUUUACAUUUGAACAAAGAGGGCAUGGUAGACAUGAGGUACUAUAAACAAUACUGUCCUGAGGAUGGUGGCUAUAUAAAGCAGACAGGUUGUGAUCAUAUUAAUGGGAACAGCAGUGUAGUUAACCAGUUCAGCCCGAGAGUUCACCUUAACACUGAGGUAUGUGAAGCAUCACAGUCUGAUUCUAAACCUCAUAAGAUGGACCAUCGCUUUAGGUCACACUGUGCCCCAUUUACUAGGGAUGACAUGGCAAGGGAACAUGAAAAGAGCCAGGAAAAUCGGUUCUUUUUCAAUGAUGGAGAUGAAAUAGAGGAAGUGCUGGAUGGGGUCAGAUUUAUUGAAGAUUUAGAGGAAUCAGAAAGUAUAGUUGAAAGACCAACCAGUCUUUAUCAGAGCAGUAACACUGAGAGAAUUAAAAAGGGAAGUGAUGUAAAGGAAAGAGAUGAUGACUCUAAAGUUACAAGAAUCACUAAUAUCCAAGGAGCCAGUAAGAAGUGUGAGUCAUCUCAGUUGGGUUCAAGAGAAAGAGAGAGACAAGGUAAAGCAAGAGGGAGGAGGGGACCAGGAGAGGACGUUGGACAUAUUGUUUCUGGGAUCAAAGGAUGCAGCACUGAACCGUGUCCAAAAACUUCAUCAAAAGACUCCAAGAAGGCUGUUGUGCGAUCCAAAGUUAGAUCAGGUGCCAGUAAGCAGCAGCAGCAGCAGCAGCAGCAGCAGCAUCCUGCUCCACCACCUCGCCAUUGCAAUGAUUGGUCACCUGUCGAGUCCCAGAAGUACAAGCUUCCUACAGAGACAUCUCCUCCUCCAAGGCCCUCCUUCUCUGACAGCCAGGAAACUGAAGCCAGUGUUGUUCGGUCUUCCAUGGCUACACAACACACACCUGAACCACACAGGAGUCCUCCUAAGGAGAGUCAGAGACGACCAGAGAAAACCGAACAGGCUGAGAAGCUGGGAUCAGCAGGGGUUUCUGAGGAUGUAGUGGAGCAGCCUGGAUGUAGCGGAGACUGUCCUGAGCUGGACUCUGAGAAAGUCAACACACCCAAGAAAACACAGGAGGCCACUUCGUUUCCCAGCUUUGAGGACGUUCCAGGUCCCUGUGAGCCAGAAGAUCUGAUUGAUGGAAUCAUCUUUGCUGCUAACUACCUUGGCUGCACUCAGAUGUUGUCGGAUAAAAAUCCUUCCAAGGCUGUUCGCAUGUCCCAGGCCCAUGAAGCUGUCAGUCGUAUCAAGAGCCAGGAUGAAGACUCCCAGAUGAUGACAGAAGUGGACCUGUUUAUUUCUACUAAAGCUGUUAAAGUGCUGAAUGCUGACACACAGGAGACAAUGAUGGACAGUGCCCUGCGUACCAUCUCUUAUAUUGCUGACAUUGGCAGUAUUGUGGUUCUGAUGGCUCGGAUGCGCAUGUGUGAGACUUCAUCAGAGGAGUUUAGUGAAUCACCUGAUUCUCCUGGUGAAGGGAAUACCCAGUACAGGAUCAUCUGCUAUGUCUUUGAGUCGGAGGACGCACAGCUUAUUGCACAGUCCAUUGGUCAGGCCUUUAGUGUGGCCUACAGAGAGUUCCUGCGAGCCAAUGGCAUCAACCCAACUGACUUGAGCCAGAAACAGUACAGUGACAUCAUCAACUCCCAGGAAAUGUACCAUGAUGACCUUGUUCAUUUCUCAAACUCAGACAACUGUAAAGAGCUGUGCAUUGAAAAGCAGAAAGGGGAGAGCCUGGGUGUGGUGAUCGUGGAGUCGGGCUGGGGCUCCAUUCUGCCCACUGUGAUUCUGGCCAGUAUGUUGAACAGCGGCCCAGCAGCUCGCUCUGGAAAACUCAAUGUUGGGGACCAGAUCAUGUCCAUUAACGAAACCAGCCUGGUGGGGCUCCCACUGGCCACAUGUCAAGGCAUCAUUAAGGGUCUUAAGAAUCAGGUGAAGGUAAAGCUGAGCAUUGUGAGCUGCCCUCCCGUCACCACUGUCCUCAUCAAGAGGCCGGAUCUCAAGUUCCAGCUGGGCUUCAGUGUUCAGAAUGGCAUUAUCUGCAGCCUGAUGCGAGGCGGCAUCGCAGAGCGAGGCGGCGUUCGUGUCGGACACAGGAUCAUUGAAAUAAAUGGUCAGAGUGUGGUCGCCAUGGCUCAUGACAAGAUUGUGCAGAACCUGUCCGUCUCUGUGAGGGAGAUCAACAUGAAGACGAUGCCUGCAGUAAUGUUCAGACUACUGACAGGUCAGGAGACACCCAUCUACAUAUAGCGUGCCUGUCGGGAUCCGCCCAGCGAGGUUAUCAAACAGGUCAGAUGAAGAGAGACCAGUGGAUCGCUGGGAGCAGGAGAAUUUAUUUUUCUAUCAUUUCAAUUGCUUUAUUUUGCUUCUUUCUGCACUGCUGUAAAGAACAUCCAGUUCUAAUUUUCAGGUUUUAUCUUAAGCUACAUUGUCAUUAAGGCCUUACAAUGUGAAUACUGUCCGUAGCUGUGUAUGUGGGUUUCUGGUGAUGAAGAGAAGUAGCUUUAAGGUCGUGAUUAUUUUCUUAUGCAGAGAUAAAUUAGUACAUUUAUUUUUUAUUUAGUCAUUUUUAUAAUGUGUAUGGUGAAAUAUGUGUACUAUUGCUGUAAAUACUUUGGAUUAAUCAAGGACUUGAUUAGAAAGGCCAUAUUACUCCUACAGUAUAUGCAUGUUAUUAUUAAAAGAUUGUAGAGCAGGGUUAAAUCCUCCAUAUGGUAUCUUACAGUACCUAAUAGCAAAUGAAGAUCAUAACAGUAGCUUCACUUAGGCAUUAACUCUGUAUAAUGGUGAUGCUGAAGGCCAAAGACACAGCAAUUUAUUUUUAGAAAACGUGCAGUACAGGUGUCUGUCAGCGUUGUCGGAGGAUAGAAGAAUGUAUAUAAAUAUAUAUCACUGAAUGAAUGUAAUGUAAAACACAGUAAAAAUCUCAAUGCGAAACAUUAACUUGCCUUUAUUUAGAUACGGACAAAAACACAGAUUACACACCAAAUAUAAUAUAGUUAUUUUAAGGA